GUUAGGGGUCUGGUCCAGGCCUCUUUUAGAAGGGAGGAAUCCUCCAGUGGUGCCAAAAGUGCCUCUGAGCAUGGGCUACGUGCUCUUCCCAGGUGGAGGGGGCUUCCUCCAGCCCAAGAAGAGCUGAUCCUCAAAGCCCCACAUGCGACAGCUUGAGGGCCAGGUCUGCCCAUGCUCCAGACCAUGGACUUGGCCUCUGGGGUGGGGCAGGGCAGGGGGAGCUGGGUCUGGAGUGAAGGCCCAGCAGGACUCUCUCCAAGGGGGUGGGGAGUUUCCGUUAGCACUUCUGCGAGGCUCUUUAUUAAUCACGUGCCCCCUCUUGUCCGCGCCUUCUCUGCCCCCCUCCUCAGCAGAAGGAUGAGGGUCCUCUUUGGAUGUGGCGGCUUCCAGGUGCUCUGGGCUGCCCUGGCCGUCUGCAUGACAAUUGGCUUCACCAUCCAGCUCUGGGGAGUCUCCUUGCAGAAGAGGCUGCUUCCCGUUCCUUGGGCCCCUCCAGCAGAAGCCAAGGAGGUCAGGGAGGAGGAAGCCCUCCCCAGCCCGAGCCCCCCGUGCCAGCCCCGCAAGCACCUGGUCUUCCUCAAGACCCACAAGACCGGCAGCAGCACCAUCGUCAACCUUCUGCAUCGCUUUGGGGACUCCUGGGGGCUGCGCUUUGCUCUACCAGCCCGCUACCAGUUCAGCUACCCCAACCCUUUCCAGGCACGGCGGGUCAAAGGGUGGCAUCCCAAGGGGCGCCCCUUCGACGUCCUGUGCCACCACAUGCGCUUCAACCUGCUGGAGGUCCAAAAAGUGGUGCACCCAGACAGUUUCUACUUCUCCGUUGUGCGAGACCCAGUGGCCUUGGCAGAAUCGGCCUUCUCUUAUUACCGGGGUGUAGCACCUGCUUUCCACCGCGCUGGCACUCUUCCUGAGUUUCUAGCAUCCCCGCACCGCUUCUACCAGCCUGGUGAACGAGGCAACCACUAUGCCCGCAACCUGCUCUGGUUUGACUUUGGCCUGGAUCCACCUGCAAGCCACAGCCCAGCCUCAAUUGACGCUGCUCUUGAAGAACUGGAGCGCAUUUUUCAUCUUGUGCUCCUAACAGAACACAUGGACGAGUCCCUGGUUCUCUUGCGCCAUGCCCUGUGUUGGACUCUGGAUGACGUGGUGGCAUUCCGCCACAACCUCCGUAGCCCUGAAUCCGUGUACACGCUGGAGCCCAGCAAUGCUGCCCGACUGCGGGCCUGGAACUACCUUGACUGGCACCUCUACGCCCACUUCAACCGCACCUUCUGGGCCCGUGUGGAGAACUUUGGCUAUGCACGCAUGGCCCGGGAAACGGCCAUGCUCCAGAAGCACCGGGCACAGCUGAUGCAACACUGUUUGCAGAACGGGGGCCCUCUGGAACCCGGACAGAUUACUGACAAGCGCAUUCGCCCAUUCCAGUUUGGGCAGGCCCCAAUCCUAGGCUAUGCCCUGCAGCCGGGCCUGGCACCCAAAGAUCAGGAGGUGUGCCAGCGCAUGGUUACCCCUGAGCUCCAAUACAAGGACCUUUUAGAUGCCAAACAGUUUCCUGCAUCCUUCCAACGCAACAGCUCCCAGCCCAGGGCAGCGAGGUAGCCCGGACAAGCCGGUGGCAUCGGCAGGCAGAGGCGGGGAGCUCUGCUGUGCCUGCUCGUGGUCACGGUGGGUGCUCUGCAGGAAUCUGCCUGGCAAUGCUCUGGCAGGGUCCGUGUGCAUCGACUUGUGGUGUUCUAAUGAAACCUUGGUUUGUUCAUAA